AACAGAAGCCAAAACGUGUUAUGCGAAAUUUCUCCACAUUGCAAACCCUCGAUGGUGAUCUAACAGUUCGCGAGCUGUAAUGUAUUCCGAAGAAGAGUUGCUUGAUCUCAAUUAUAUGGCUGUCAACCGCAGGAUUACAAAAUAGCUCAAACUUUCAUCUAGGGAAAACGUGCACUAGGGUUUCAGCUGAUUACGUAUCUAUAUAUGCUUGUAACCAGUAUGUAACCAGUUUGUAGAAAGAGAUACAGCAAUGGACCCUACCACCCACACACCUCCAAACCGCAGCUUGAUCCAUUAGCAAGGGUCGAUAUAGAAAUUUUCUUUGCUCUGAUUGGCUGACGAUUCACUACUCAGACAGGAUCCACUGCGGAUUGGAUGCGCAGUAAAAUGAUGGAGAUGCUUGCGAAAGCUAAGGGUGGUAGAAAAAUCGGACAAAACCGAAACCUGAUGUACAGUACAUACAAAUAGGUUAGGGAUUGAUUAGAUAGUUUUUUACAAUUGUUUGAUUUAGUGUGACUUUUUAUCGAUAACGUUUGUCGAAAUAGCAUUUUAGCACAAUGUCAAACACAAACAUUAAUUUACCGAAAGCACCAAAGGAUCUGUGUUUCACAGAAAUGGAUUUCAUCCAGAAAAAUUUUAAUGUAGACACCUUCCUUCAAGAACACAAAAAAAAAUCGAAACUGGAGAAUAUGCGAGACGAUUUAGGAAUAUAUUUGAAAUUGCUGAGAUCUGCUAUGAUCGAUUUAAUUAACAGAGAUUAUAUAGAUUUUGUAAAUUUAUCAAGUAACUUAAUCGGUUUGGACAAAGCUAUUAAUGAUUUGCAAGGGCCAUUGGGUCAACUAAGGGAAGAAGUAAUGCAAGUGCAACAGACUUUGAAUGAUGAGAUCAAUGCAAUUUCUAUUAAUAUCCAUGAAAGCAAAAAAAUCAGAGAAUACAAGCAGAGUUUAUUCAGUUUACAACAUAUUUUCAAAUCAUUGAAUAAACUUUCGUCAGUAUUAUCGCUAAAUACAUUCCUGGAAAGUCCAACUAAAAUAGACAUUUUAGAGCAAGCUGCAACAGAAUUCAAUCAAUUGCAGUUUCACAUGUGUAGGUGCAAACUAGAUAUUAUCAAAGACAAGCAGAAGGAAUGUAAUCAACUGGAACAGUCUUACAUGACUCAUCUCAAUGAACUUUUCUUAGCUUGUAUUCAAGAGAAGAAUUCUGCCCUCUUAAUUCGUUGUUUAAGAAUAUAUGUUAUGCUUGAUAAAAUAAACGAUGCAGAGAAUUUAGUGAGAGAAGAGAUUGUUAGUCCACUGGUCGAUGGUGUGAUUAGCAUGGAGAACCUGCAAGUAGACUCACUUGGCUUACAAAGUAUAUACAAUAGAUUAUUAAAUAUUCUGAGCAUAGAAUUGAAACAACUUCUGGAUAUUACAUUACAUCCUAACAGAUGCUCUGUUAAGGGUUUCAACUUUUUAGUAAAUAGUUUUUGGGUCAAUGUAGAAGAAAAAAUUGAACAGUAUGUUAAAUGCAUUUUUGCUCCGGGAGAUCCAGUAUUAUUUCAUUCUCGUUAUAUAGCAACUUUGGAAUUUUUGGAGAAAUUAGAAGCCGAAUGUGUUACGACCGAUUCUUUAAGCGCACUAAAAAAUAAUUCGCAAUACAAGAAUUUCUUGAAAAAAUGGAAUUUACCAGUGUAUUUUCAAAUACGUUUCCAAGAAAUAGCUGGUGUUGUCGAGACUGUUUUAACAGAACCUGUGUCACCGGCGUCUAUAAAAGGGACUUUGGAAUCUCUCACGAAAAAUGAAUUUUCCUUGCACGCAACGUGUAUUUUGUGGGAAAAUCUAGAAAAGAUUUGGGCAAAUGAUGUGUAUCUUUAUCAGCUUUUUCAUAGAUUCUGGAAAUUCAACUUACAAAUGUGUGCCAGAUACCAAUCGUGGGCCUUAGCAGCACUUAAAGAAGUAUGGCCUAUAGAAAAUGAAGUAGGAUCUUCGAGGAAAUCGGAGCAUUACAUGAAACUCAAUUUUUUAAUAUUUCUAAAUCAAGAUAUAGAGAAAUUUGUGAAAAAACUCCCAUCGCUUCUGGAAAUAGCUGAAUUGAAACUUAAACAACAGACUCCGAUAAUAUUAAAAUUAUUAAAAGAUUCGCUGAGUGAAACUAUAAAAAAAUUGGAAACCAUUUUAUCGCAAGUCACUGAAGAAAUUGUAAACGAACUUUUAAAGCAAUGUAUAGUGCAUUUGAAACAAGUCAGUGAUAUUCCACGAUUAUUUAGGCGAACAAAUAGGGACGUAUCCACGAAACCGUGCGCUUAUGUAAAGAAUGCACUCGCCUUUCUUAUGAGCUUUCAUGCAGAUUACAAGAAAUUAAUCCCGGAUAAUGUUAAUCGUUGGUCGGAAUUAACUCUUUCUUCGUUGACCGAACAUUAUCUGGCGUCUGUAACAGACGUUUUAACAUCGGUACAAAAAACUGAGGAGAGUCUUCGAAGAUUAAAGAAGAUCCGGGACAAAUCCACAGGUUCCCUUUCUUCUGAAGUUCAAGGAGUCAGCGAUGAUGAAAAAAUACGUAUUCAGUUGCAAGUUGAUGUACAAGCUUAUGCGAACAUGAUUGCGGAAAUCGAGAUUACAUCUUCAAAUGUUCGUUAUGUGGAAGAGCUAUUGCGUACUGUAGAAACAGCAACAAAAAGAUAAUGUUCUUCUUCCUUUGCUUAUUUAAUUGUCUCGUCUAAAAAUCCAAAACAAGUAAAGUAUGGAAUUAUUUUACAGUAUAUUCUGAUCCCAUGAAUCGUUCUGCGGUAAUUCAAUGGUAGUAACCGUAUCUUGAUGGGGAUAAGAUGGAUGCCACCAAUUCAGAACUUGACAAUCAACAACGUCGUUUAAUAUGACUUGAUGCGUUAAUGUAUUAGGAACAUCCGACGUUCCAAAACCCAACUGUAAUUGGUAUAUACCUUGCUUUAAUAUCGCCACCUUCUGUAGAAUUAAUCCAGUUACUUGUGGUAGCAUGCUAUACCUCUGACAGGCUACCUACAAAUGGAGAGAAAAAUUAAAGUAAACGAUAAAAACAUAGCAAGUACAAAGUAUAUUCAAAUGGCUUGUACAGCAUUAAGUACCCUAAGUAGUUUACAGCCUUGUUCUGGAUUUACAGCUACAUCUUCCAACAUUUCAAUAAAAUCUGUCUUUCUACCAUUUA